AGCCCAUCGUUGGCCCAAGCCCAACGGGCCCAACGCAACGAAGUGCCCGCGGGUGACGUUUCUCCCAGAGGAGGAAGCUCCGACGGAAUGCGCAGCAGGAUCUCGGAAAGGUCGCCGUUGACCGGCGACGGCGAAGAGAUCCAGGAGCUGUAUGGCAUUGAGGACACCGCCGUGCGCCAUGGCUUUGUCCAAAAGGUCUUUGGCAUCUUGCUGGUUCAGCUUGUGACCACCACCUUGGUCGGAGGCCUGGUCAUGAAGCUGGCCUUGCCCGUGGCGAAGUCCAAUCCAGCUUUGGCCAUGGCCCUGAUGUUGGGUUCCCUGGUGCUCUCCAUCGCCUGCAUGUGCAUCUUCGCCUGCUGUCCACAGACCAUGCGCCAGACCCCUACGAACUAUUUGCUUUUGGCUCUCUUCACCUUGGCAGAGUCCGUCCUGGUCGGCUUCAUCAGUGCCCACUACACGCAAGAGUCCGUCCUGCUGGUUCUGGCCACCACUUGCAUCGUGGUGGUGAGCUUGAUCCUGUUCGCCUGCCAAACCAAGUAUGACAUCACGGGCUACCUUCCCUACGUCCUGGUGGCUUGCAUGGGGCUGUUCGGCUUUGGCUUCAUCUUGACGAUCGCCGCCUUCUGCGGCAUGGGCAAUUCACCCGUCUUCCAAACGAUGCGCUUGGUCUACUCCAUGUGCGGCGUCUUGGUCUUCUCCUGCUUUAUUGUCUUGGACACCCAGCUGAUUGUGGGAGGGAAGCACAGCAAGUUCCGCUUUGGCGUCGAUGACUACUGCAUGGCGGCCAUCAACCUCUACAUGGACAUCGUGCAGCUCUUCUUGUACUUGCUGCAACUCAUGGGAGAGCGGCGCUGAGUCGAGCACGCGCGCGCCCGCUCUCGCGAAGAAACGGCGUGGCUCGAGAGAUCUUUGGAGCGCCAGUCCCGGUGGGUUUGGAGCGACACCACUGGAGACCCAAC